CGAUUGAUCAUCUCGGUGCAUUGGGAUCAAUCAGCUUCACCUGCUUUUGUGCCGUCAUCUCGCGGUGCGGGCUGCACAUGAACCCCAAGGUACUUUACCCAGACGAGCCGUUUCGUCGACCAUCUUUUCGCCAUCUACCUCAUCCGUCCCCACCAGACCGCCAAUCUCAGGCAGGGUCCAUGAAGCCAGGCCCGCCUCUCACUCGCCCGCCAUACACUGUACAUCCCACUCUGAUGUGCACCUUGGAGCUGAACUGACCAGGCCGUGGUCAGUCACCCACAGAUCAGAUCAGAUCAGGCCACCUCAUCUUCUAGACGCGACUGUAGCUCUCUAGUAGUACACUGAAAGGAAGAAAGAAAGAAAGAAAGAAAGAAAAAUUAAGAAGAAGCAAACGAAGAAGGAAAACAAAAUAAA